GGAAAAAAAAACAAAAAGGUAGAAAAGACUAAAGAGUAAAGAAGGAUGGAAGAAUCAAAAUAGCGAAUGCACUCACCUUAUUCAUACUCUCCUCUCUCAAGCAAUCAUCACUCACAGAACAGAUCCUCCAAAACCCUCCAUCAGCAUUCAUUCCAAUUCCAUCUUUUUCUACAGAGGCAAAGUAGAGACACAAACUGCUAGAUUUUGAUCUCCAAUGGCUACUCUCCAGAAAUUCAAGCUCCUGGCCACUCAGUGCGCCGUCGCCGGUAGUCCGACGCGGAGCCCGGCCACCAGCCCCGUCGUUCAUCUCCGUCGCCGCAAAACUCUGCGAAUGCUCCUCAGCCGCAACGCCGGCCGCCGGAUGUCGCGACGGGAUAGCUCGCCGGAUCCACCAGGAAUCAGCGAGGAUCCACCUCGGAGGCCGAAGGAGUUGUCCGCCAGUCACAAGCUGAAGGAUUUGUUCAUCUCCUCGCCUCCACUUGAAGAUAGGGUUUCCGAGAAGGUGAGGAGUUCCGUCGAUGAGCUGCCGACGGCGGAGUCCACUGAGAACAGCGGCUCCGGUGGCCGCCGAGGCGGCCCCAGUUACAUCAGGCCGUUAUCAGCGGCGUUUCGGCAACGGUUGCUGAGAAGGGCUUGGCGACCCGUGCUGGUAACCAUACCAGAAUAGUCGCUGCGAAAUGUACGGAUAAUUCCAUUUUUUAAUUUUUGGAAAUUGUAUUUUAUUUUAAUUUUCAUUUUUUUUCUUUAA